AUGCAAAAGGUCAACGCAGAGGCCGUCCUGCGCCAGCGCGGCCGCGCAAUCUCUAGCGGUGCUGCACUUGUCCGCUCUAUUCUCCAGAGGACACCUUUUCCCAAUGGCUUCACCACGAAGGAGUUGUUCGACGUCGCGGUGCAGGAGCCACCACCCAAGGACUUUCCACCUUACCCAUUGACUUUGCCGGGUAUUAAAAACGUUCAAAAGCCCUCUAAGAAGGCCAAGAGCGCAUUCAAACCAAUAGGGCCUCUUUACCCGACAUUCCGUGCUGACCACCCCGUUCGGUCAAUAAGGUUCUUGAAGACAGAAAUCCUGCCCGUGCUUGCAGGUCGUCAAGAAAUCCGUAUGAUGAACCAGCCAAGGACAGACUUGGCUCCCGUGGCAGAAACCCCGACGAAAGGCAAGAAGAAGAAAAAGACCUCACAUAUGGAGUUUGUCUGGAAAGUUGUUGCUCCUGAGAAUCGCUGGGUCCCCAAGCCGCCACCACCGAAGAAGGAGGUUGUAGGAACUGAAGUGGGCGUCGGGGCGGACUUUUCUCAUCUCAACAAACGGCGACAGCGGGCUCGCGUCGAGAAGGUUUCUGCAGCUGUGACGAGGAUGAAGGAAUACCGCCAGCAGCAAGGAGAGGAGCUUGUUUGGUGA